AUGGCGUCCACCACCACGCUCACCGUCGCCCUCCUCAUCGUCUCCACCACCGCCUCGCGCGACCCCACCACCGACGCCUCCGGCCAGCUGCUGCGCGACCUCCUCCUCGCCGCCAGCACCACGCCCGCGCUCACCUGGGAGGUCACCGAGACACUCAUCGUCCCCGACGACACGCAGGCCAUCCAGGACGCGGUCGUCCGCUGGGCCGAUGUCGAGAAGGUUAAUCUGGUGGUGACGACUGGAGGCACGGGCUUUGCGAUAUCGGAUGGUACGCCCGAGGCGGUGAGGCCGCUGCUGGGGAAGGAGGCGCCGGGGUUGGUGCAUGCGAUGCUGUCGACGUCGUUGAAGAUUACGCCUUACGCCAUGAUGGCCCGCCCCGUCGCCGGCGUCCGCGCCCACACGCUCAUCGUCACGCUCCCCGGCUCGCCCAAAGGCGCCAAAGAGAAUCUCUCGUGCCUGCUCCCGCUCCUCCCGCACGCCUGCAUCCAAUGCAGCGGCCUCACCAGCUCGCGCGCCCUGCACUCUGGCGGCACCCCCGCGCUCGAAGCCCGCUCCGGCCUCCCCCCAUCAUCCUCCACACCCUCCACCCACCAUCACCACCACCACGACCACCCGACCCCGCGCGCCCACACCGCCAACACGCUCAACGGGCCCGUCACCUCCCGCCACCGCGCCUCCCCCUACCCCCUCCUCACCGUCUCCGCCGCCACAGCGCUCAUCGCCGCCGAAACAACCCCCACCGACAUCGUCCCGCGCCCCGUGGGCCCCUCCCUCGUCGGCCACAUCCUCGCCGAGGACGUCACAGCCCCGCACCCCAUCCCCGCCUUCCGCGCCAGCAUCGUCGACGGCUACGCAGUCGUCCACACCGACGGCCCCGGCGUCUACCCCGUCGUCUCCGUCUCCCACGCCUCCCCCGCCACCCCUACCGCCCCGCUUCUCCCCGGCCAAGCAGCGCGCAUCACCACCGGCGCCCCCCUCCCCGCCGGCGCAACCGCAGUCGUCAUGGUCGAAGACACAGAACUCGUCCGCGCCACGCCCGACAGCAGCGAAGAGCUCGAAGUCCGCAUCCUCGCGUCGGACCUCCGCCCCGGCGAGAACAUCCGCGAGAUCGGCAGCGACGUCGCAGAAGGUACCGUGGUCCUCCCCCGCGGAGACGUGCGUGUGCGCCGGAAGCCGGUGGUCGCGGUGCUGAGCACGGGCGACGAGGUGGUCCCGCACGACCGCGAGGGGGUGCUGCGCGCCGGUGAGAUCCGGGAUACCAACCGGCCGGCGCUGCUUAGUGCGAUUGCGGCGUCGGGGUUCCCGACGGUGGAUCUGGGGAUUGUUGCUGACGCUGCGGGGGAGCUGGAGAGGGUGCUGCGGGCCGGGUUGGAGGGCGCGGAUGUGGUGGUUACGACGGGGGGCGUGUCGAUGGGGGAGUUGGAUCUGCUGAAGCCGACGGUGGAGCAGGCGCUUGGCGGGAGCGUUGUGUUUGGGAGGGUGGCGAUGAAGCCGGGGAAGCCGACGACGUUUGCUACUGUGCCUGUUGCUGUGCCCGGCAGUAAAGAAGGGGAGGAGAAGAAGAAGAAAAAGCUGCUGUUUGCGCUGCCCGGAAACCCCGCGAGUGCCAUUGUGACAUAUCACUUGUUUGUGCUGCCAGCGCUGCGUGCGAUGGUCGGGAUGGUCCCGGCGGGGCUGCCGGUGGUGCGGGUGGUGCUGCAGGAGGACGUGCGGCUGGAUGAGCGGCCAGAGUACCACCGGGUGCGCAUCGCGGCGGGCGGCGGCGACGACGGGGACGGCAGGCUGAGGGCGUGGAGCACGGGCGGGCAGAGGAGCAGUCGUGUUGGGAGCGCGGGCGGGGCGAAUGGCGUGCUGGUGCUGCCGGCGAGGGGCGAGUGUGGUGGGAAGAGGGGCGAGUUGGGCGUUGUGCCGAGGGGGGAGGUGGUGGAUGCUAUUCUGUGGGGGCCGCUGGGGCGGGGGAGGGUUUGUGAUGAGGGGAGGGGGGAGGGAAGGGGUGUUUGUAGAUUAGCUGGUAGUAGUCAUAGAUAUAUCCUGCGUGUUGGGGGUUGA